GCUCGGGCCAUUCUGGCUCAAUUGAUUUGGGGCCGAACCAGCCGCGAUGAAGUGGCUUGCUGGAUUUCUUCUCGGAUGCUGGACAUCGGCCGAGGCUCUCGACAAGGCAUUACGUUUUCUUUCGACACGUCGAUCAAGAAUUGCGGUCGGGCAAAACAAUGGAGCGCAGCAUUGCAGUUGCUCCGCGAAGGGAUUCGAUUGGGUGCGCAGCUCGACCCAAGCCACUACAUGGCGACUGUCGGCGCGUGCAGUAAAGGCGGGCAGUGGCAACACGCGCUGUCAGUGCUCAGAGAGAUGUGGGAGGCGAAGCUGGCGCCCAACGUAAUUCAGCUACAGCGCUGGGAUCAGCGCGUGCGGAAAGGGCGAGCAGUGGCAGCGGGCGCUGGCGCUGCUCAGCGAGAUGCGGUCAGAGAAGCUGGAGCCCAACGUCAUUCAGCUACAAUGCUGGGAUCAGCGCGUGCGAGAAGAGCGAGAAGUGGCAGCGGGCACUGGCGCUGCUGAGCGAGAUGUGGGCGGCGAAGCUGGAGCCCGACUCAGCUACAGCGCUGGGAUCAGCGCCUGCGAGAAGGGCGGGCAGUGGCAGCCAGCGCUCGCGCUGCUGAGCGAGAUGCGGGAGGCGAGGCUGGAGCCCGGCGUCAUAUUCUACAACGCUGGGAUCAGUGCGUGCGAGAAGGGCGAGCAAUGGCAGCGUGCACUGGCGUUGCUCAGCGAGAUGGAGGAGGUGAGGCUGAAGCCCGACGUCAUCAGCUUCAACGCUGGCAUCAGUGCUUGCGAGAAGGGCGAGCAAUGGCAGCGGGCGCUGGCGCUGCUCAGCGAGAUGUGGGAGGCGAAGCUGAAGCCCGACGUCAUCAGCUGCAACGCUGGCAUCAGCGCGUGCGGGAAGGGUGAUCAGUGGCAGUGCGCCCUGGCGCUGCUCAGGGAGAUGCGGGAGGCGAAGCUGGAGCCCAGCGCCAUCUCCCCUACAAUACCGGGAACAGUGCGCGUGAGAGGGAAGGGCGAGCAGUGGCGGCGGGCUCUCGCGCUGCUCAGCGAGAUGCGGGGGGCGAAGCUGAAGCCCCACGUCAUCUGUCUGCAACGCCGGGAUCAGCGCGUGCGGGAAUUGUGAGCAGUGGCAGUCGGCGCUUGCGCUGCUGAGCGAGAUGCGGGAGGCGAAGCUGGAGCCCAGCGUCUCAGCUACAACGCUGGGAUCAGCGCGUGCGAGAAAGGCGAACAGUGGCAGCCAGCGCUUACGCUGCUGAGCGAGAUGCGGGAGGCGAAGCUGGAACCUAACUCAGCUACAGCGCUGGGAUCAGCGCGUGCGAGAGGGGCGUGCAGUGGCAGCGGGCUGUGGCGCUGCUCAUCGAGAUGUGGCAAGGGAAGUUGGACUCCGACGUCGUAAGCUACAGCGCUGUGAUCAGCGCGUGCGGCAAAGGCGACCAGUGGUGGCGAGCGUUGGCGCUGCUGAGCGAGAUGUGCGAGGCCGCAUUGAAGCCCAACGUCAUCAGCUGCAGCGCUGGGAUCAGUGCGUGCGAGAAGGGCAGCCAAUGGCAGCGAGCCCUGGCACUGCUCAGCGGGAUGCGGGAGGCGCAGCUGGAGCCCAACUCAGCUACAAUGCUGGCAUCAGCGCGUGCGAGAAGGGCAGGCAGUUCCAGCGGGCCCUGACGCUGCUCAGCGAGAUGCGGGAGGCGAGCCUGGAGCCCGACGUCAUCAGCUGCGGGGCCGGGAUCAGCGCGUGCGAGAAGGGCGGCCAGUGGCAGCUGGCACUGGCGCUGCUCAGCAGGAUGUGGGAGGCGCAGGUCGA